UGCGCGGCGCAGCGAGGACGCGGGGUGUCUGGACUCCGCCAUGGUGAGCGCAGCGACCCCGCGGAGCCGGUACCAGCGGCUGCAGAGUCCCCAAGCCCGAGCCCUCCGUCCCCCAGCUGUGGGGUGGGGGCUGGGCAUCCCGGGCGUCCUGUUGCGAGUUGCGAGGGUACUCGAGUCCCGCCACCGCGCUCCCCGCAGCUCCUGCCUGGCUAGGACCACGUUGGACACUGGGGCGCACGCAGGUCACGGUCCUUAGACCGAAGCCCCCCGGGGUUUGGGGCUUGCAGCACAUUCUUGGAACCAGCUGUUCUGAAAGGACUUGUGUCAGCUGGACAGUGCCAGCAACCGACCACCGGGUUACCUGGCCACAGUGACUCAUUGCCCCAGAAUUUUCCUGGACCUGCAUCUCUCUGCACGACCCAAUCCCACCACCUUACGCCCUCCCUGGCAGCCUUCAUCUGGAUGGAGAUAACACGGAAAGAUGCCCAGGUUGAUGGAUGGCCAUGAUGUAGACUUGCGUUUUCCUGGGAAAUCCUCAGGACAUAGUACUUCCAGAAAGUCCGAGGGAGGGAAGAACUCCGUUCCCUGGAAGCUGGAAAUGGAUCUUGGGUAGCCCAGGUUGGCCUGAAACACGUGAUAGAGCUUCCUGAAUGUCAGCACUAGACCCACCACUCUGGCCUGGAGACAAGAAAGACUUCACUCUUUGACCAGACUGGGCCUGAUCCCAGUCCUGCUUGGAGCAGACCAUACUUCUAGUGUCUGCUUCCUUAAUGUUCACCACUGUAUAUCAAAAGGACACUGCAAGACUAAACCAGAGUUCAUCUUUGAACGGGGGCUUCGAUUCAGGCCAUGGACCACAGCCGAAGCCUCAAUUCGAUGCGUGCCCAGUCGGAAAGCCAGGAAGUGUUGGCAAGAAGCAAGCAAGUGGAUUUUAAUGCAUGUGUUGACUUAACAUGCUUGGAAACGUUCGGAGAGAAGAGCAGUGUGCUAAACGUGAAGAAAGAGCUUGAGCUAACCCUGGAUGACCGGUUCCUGCCUUCACCCCACAGGUCCUUCUGACUGAUCUCUUGUAACUGUCACAUUGUUAUCAACAGCACGAUCGCUGGGUGUGGAGUUAGGAGGAAGGAGAAUUAAGAACAUGAACUGAACUCUCAGGAUCAUCUUGAUCAAGAGGCACUAAUGCCAUGUUGUUUCCCAGUGACAUGCUGCUACCUUGAGAACCACAGUGAGGACGCUGGGUGUCCUGGAACCUGGAAAUGGUGUUGGUGUCUUUCGAGGACGUAGCUGUGGACUUCACCUGGGAGGAGUGGCAGGACCUGAAUGCUGCCCAGAGGACCCUGUACAGGGACGUGAUGCUGGAGAACUACAGGAGCCUAGUGUUCCUGGGGCACUGCAUGGUCAAACCUGAGUUGAUCUUAAACUUAGAACAGGGACUUGGACCAGUGAGUACAGCAGGAACCUCGGUCUGGAACCUCUCAGGUAUCGACAAAGGGAAUAGCCUGGUUGAUACCAUCCAGGAAAAUGAUAGCAGACAUUUCUGGCAAAUUGAAAUCAACAGCCGUACAUCAAAUGAAGAACUGGUUGAAGCAGAACUGAAGAUUCAUGAGGAAAUCCAUCAAGGGACAAAGUCCUAUGAAUGUGAAGUAUGUUUGGAAGCAUUUUAUCUGAAGCCACAGUAUAGCACUGACCAGAGAUACCACACAUGCGAGAAUCCAUACAACUGUAAAAAAUUUAGAGGGGCUUUCUAUUCUAAGUCGACCUUCAGACCGUGUCAGAGGCUCGAGAGAGGUGAGAAACCCCACGCAUGUAUAGAGUGUGGGAAAUCCUUCUAUUGCAAGUCUCACCUCACUGUGCAUCAGAGGACCCACACAGGGGAGAAGCCCUACGAAUGUAAUGACUGCAAGAAGGCUUUCUACAGCAGGUCCCAGCUCAAUGUGCAUCUGAGAACUCAUACAGGUGAGAAACCCUAUGAAUGUAAGGAGUGCAGGAAGACUUUCUACCGCAAUUCUGACCUCACAGUGCAUCAGAGGACUCACACAGGCGAGAAGCCCUACGAAUGCAAAGUGUGCAGUAAAGCCUUCUACUGCAAUUCACAGCUCACUGUCCAUCACAGGACCCAUACAGGGGAGAAGCCUUAUGAAUGUCAAGUGUGCAAUAAAGCCUUCUACUGCAAGUCACAGCUUGCUGUCCAUCACAGGACCCAUACGGGGGAGAAGCCUUAUCAAUGUCAGGAAUGCAGGAAGGCAUUCCAGUGCAGGUCAGACCUCACUCGGCAUCUGAGAACUCAUACAGGCGAGAGGCCCUAUGGAUGUACGGAGUGCAGGAAGGCUUUCUACCGCAAGUCAGACCUCACAGUGCAUCAGAGGACACACACAGGCGAGAAGCCCUACGAAUGCAAAGAGUGCAGAAAAGCCUUCUACUGCAAUUCACAGCUCACUGUCCAUCAAAGACAGCACACAGGGGAGAAGCCUUAUGAGUGUAAAGACUGUGGGAAAGCCUUUCAGUGCAAAUAUGAACUCACUCGGCAUCACAGAACACACACAGGUGAGAAACCGUAUACAUGUAUGGAGUGCCAGAAAGGUUUUUACACCAAGUCAGAUCUCUCUCGACAUCUAAAAAUUCAUACAGAUGACAAACCCUGAAGAUAUAGGAGACAGUAGUAUUUAAUAAGUCGUCCUUAACUGACAUCAGAGAACACACUUAAAAACUUACCAUGAAGUUAGACUUAAUCUCAGAGAAUUCAGACACAUGCAAGAAACCAUUGAUGUCAGAAAAGUCUCUAGCUCAUCUCCAUGUGUAGACCAAUACAUUUAGGGAAUGUGAAAACUGUGUGCUCAAAUCUUUUGUGACAUCAUGUAGUAUAUACAGGUGAAUUUCCCUUUGAAUAUAAAGAAUACUAGAGCAUUUUUAUAAAAAUCAUAAAGUGCACAUUCAGUGGGCAGGAAAUCUUAUCCAGACUUUUUCAAUAUAUAUGACAUGGAAACUUUCAAUACCUAAGUCAGGUCUCAGUCUGCAGGAAAACUCCUAAGGUAUAGUAGUAUACAGCAAAUGAUUUAGCCAGGUACGGCUUUUCAUCCUGACUCUUGUGGGUGACCUUGGCAAGACUCAUUUGCACCUGAUGUUCAACAGCAUAGCAAGCCAUGAAAUCAAAAGACGGGAAAGCUCAGAUGGUGGUGGUCAGCUUUAAUACGGGUACUCAGGGGGGCAGCAUUGUAGGGAUCAGUAUGAGUUUGUGGCCAACCUCUUUAACAGAGUGUGUUCUGGGCCAGCUUAGGGAUUACAGUGAAAUUCUGUGAUGAAAAAAGUGAGGAAAUGUUAAGUGGCAAUAAAACCCACCAUAAGGGGCUGGGGAUUUAGCUCAGUGGUAGAGCGCUUACCUAGGAAGCGCAAGGCCCUGGGUUCAGUCCCCAGCUCCGAAAAAAAAAAAAAAAAAAGAACCAAAACCCACCAUAAGAGAAUGCAGCGACUUUUUAAAUAGUACUUGAAACUCAGCUGACAUCAGAAACACAACAAAAAUGCAGUAAAGCACAGGAGUGCGAUAUGAGAGAGUACAGGGGCCACACUACAUCGUCAGUAUAAGGACUUCAGUGUUGAGCUGUAGACACACACAGUAGAAACCCCAUCAGUCCACAGGUUAGAAAAGCAGCACUCACACUUUAGCAAGCAUGACAUCAAGUGUGAAGGUUGAGAACACGUUUGGAUUUAGAAACUGAAUUGAGGUUGACUGUGGUUCAGUCACAUGUGCCUGUGAAGCACAUGCAUUUCCUGUUCUUCUGGGUUUGAGACUUCUUACACAUCACCUGGAUUUUCAACACCCAUGCCUAUUUUUGAAAAGUAUAAGCAGUCUGGAAGAAGUUGCAAAAAAUCGAUCAUGCCUUUUUGAGCACUGUCAGUGAAAUCACACCUUGUACAGUGAGACCAGAUCUACAUAUGCAGGCCAGACUGACUUUGAACUCUUAGCAUCGUGGCCAGUUCUCCUAUUCACGGUCAUACUGAUUCAUGCUCUUGAGAUCUUGGAUUAGUGAAAAUUGUCUUCCGUGCAACUCUGUAUAUAUCAGUCUGUGUACGUUGCAUGUUAAUUUCCAGGUGGAAUUGUUUGAGAUGGAAAUGAAGCAUCCCAACUCCAUGAUGCUACCAAAUAAACACAACGAUAUUCCCAGCCACUGGACAGUAAGCUGCUUCUUUGGGCAUUUCUUCUUCUCAUAACUAGUUUGGUAGAAGUUAGUGAACAUAGUAGACAAAACCAGCAAUGCUAAUUAACAUCUCUUCCUACAGAAUUUCUUCUCAUGACAUGGUUUUUUUCUAUAUGUUAUUAUAUGUAUUCAAAUUUUGUCUCCAGAGCACUCAGCCUGACAAUACAGGAAACAUGUAUACUUUGUAUACGAUGUAAUAAUGGAGGAAGGUGGAAGUGGCAUGGUGCAUGCCUUUGUAUGUGUGUAGUUCUGAUUGGAUGUUCAGUAUACGUAAGUGAGAUGCAUAGACUGUAACAGAUAGAUAGAUAGAUAGAUAGAUAGAUAGAUAGAUAGAUAGAUAGAUAGAUAUUGCAACUUAUUCUAUUUAUUAUCUUUCUGUCACUGUAAGUAUCAGACACAAAUGAAGUUUGAAGUAAUUGUGUUGGAUUGUGGUUUCAAAGGAUUUUGUUCAUGGUUACUUUGCCAGAGCAAUAUGAACAGUACUGUGGUGGCAGUAGUUGUGAUAGAAGAGAUUCCGCACAUCAUGUCGGGAAAUGGACCAAAGAAUAGACCAUGUACCUAUUACAUCUUCUAAUGUGUCACCCUGAUUAUAUAAAUUUAACUAGACACUACCUUCCAAAGUUUGUAUCAGUGCUCAUAUUUGAAUUCAAGUUCUGUGGGAGAGAUUUCAUGCAAAAACCAACACACAUGCCAGGCAGUGGUGGCACACACUUUGAACCCCAGUGCUUGGGAGCGAGAGUCUGGGAAUCUGUAAUUUGAGGCCAGCCUGGCUUAUAGAACUAGUUCCAAGACAACCAAGACUACACAAAGAAACCCUGUCAUGAAUUUUUAAAUUAAAAAAAUAAACAAAAUUAAAUAAAACCAAAAUACACUACAAAUAUCAACCUUUAAUAAAAUUUUAUUUAUAAAUUCUUGAA